AUGCAAGAAUUAUCGCAGGAUGCCUAUGACGAAUCAGAGCAAUAUCUGGACAAGGUCUACUCGUCUCUCAACUGGCUGCCAGAUGGCCCAUGGAGCACUCAAGAAAAACAACCCAAACAAAAACUAAGAGAUAUCGGAUUUCGAGGCCCGAUUGAGGAAUCAGAUGCAACCAAUGAGUUCGUCUCCACAGAGCUGAUAAACCAAGGAGACGCUCGGGAAUUCGAGUUUCAGGUGAUUCGAGCUCUCUCCAAGUCAUACGCAGCAUUCAGGCGCCUCCGCGGGAAGGUCAACGUGGAAGUUAUCACGAACCUCCUCGAGGACGACCCAUUCCUGCCCCGCGACGAGCUCUUAACACUUGUCAAUGGGGCGUAUAAAGCUGCCCUUACUAGUCAUCCCGAAUUGAAUGCAUUUGGCACACACGAAGAGCUUCCGCGUAAUUACAGUGCCGACUUGGAGGAAUACUAUAGGCUCUUCAAAGACAUCGAAACUCGUGCAUGCGAGAAUGGAGGCGCUCAAAUCUCGUUCAAGAACGUCAUCUACAGAGACGAUCCGACCAACGACACGCAACGGGCCUACAGGGCCUUCUUACUAUCCUGGAUGAACCAAUCCGAUCUCAGCAAUCCCAAGCUUCUGGCACAUCUCAUCAUAAACCGAAUGAAUUGCGACCCCAGUGCCUUUACAUUCGCAGACUGGGAAGCACUGCAUCUUGGUCGAGCUAGCAAGUUGUUCCUGCCCAAAUUUGUGGACAAUCGAUUCAUUGGGAUCCUCACUCCAGAUGAUGUCCAGAUGGGCAAACAGAUGGGACUGAAGCGAAGCGCCCCCUACUUUUUCAUCGUGGACGACUUCAUUCUGAUAUGCCAUACUGACCAAAGAGACCCUGACCAAGACUGGAUGUUUGAACAUCUACGCAAGAGUGGUCGCCUCUUUGCCUGGGCCGAUGGCAUCCAUCUCCUCCAUACCCAAGCCCUGCUUUACCGAAUCCUCUACAGUGUCACCAAAGCAAUAGCAAUCAAAAGCGGCCAACCAAGGGAAGAAGUAGGCGCUGGUACGGUCGACAAUGACCGAGUCGAUGCCUGGACAAAAGCACACCGUUCAGAAAGGAUCUUCUACUUCGAAAAUGAGGGAAUAGUCGAAUAUGGGCUGUACAUGCCACCGGCCUCUCUCAACCGGAAAUGGCUUGAUGAAUUCGAGACGAAGUUUACACAGCAACUACAAUGGUCAAAAGAUCAUUUGAGGAGCCUUUGGCUUGAUCCAUUCUAUUUCCAGCAAUGCGUCGAUGAGCAAUUUCAGCAGCACUACGGACACGUAUCCGAGCAACCCCAGACCUCCGUCCACCAUGUUCCGAAGAAAGCAGCAAUGGCGGUGUCAUACCAGGGCGAACUUCCUCAUUUUUUGGCACGCGACAUUGACGCAAAGAAGAGUCUGAUCAAUGACAUCAUCAGACGCGUCGUUCAGUGGGCUCUAUACGAAGUCGAAAUGUGGCAAUGCCUGGUCAGCAAAAUCGAUGCCUUGUGGAACCUUGCUCGUGCCAGCGGAGUUAACCUUUGGUGCUCAGAAGGUUCCCAGCGUCUAGAAAUACCAGACGAUCAACCUAAAGUGAAGGAGGCCUGGGUCGACUUGGGCUUCCAUGCACGUUGGUUUGUGGAGCGUCGAAUAAACCACGUUGUCGGCCAUGGCGGCUUGUUUGCCAGCGAAACAACCCGGCAUCUCUUUCGUCGAGAUACUGGCUGGCCGAAUUUGCAAGUAGUCAAGGAUGAUUGGGACCUACCCAAGCAGUAUGCCGGUACCAAGAUAGACUUCACUGUAAGGAACCGCGAGUCGGCAACGCACGGAGACGCAAUGGACAUUGACAAUAACGACAUGAACGAACCUAAUAUCGAAAUGUUGGAUAGUCCAACCUGGUGGUCAAUCAAGAAUGUCCACACCGGACUUGCGAGCAACUUCAACAUUGGGACCAUUGGUUUACCGAAGCUCAUCCGGGCCUUGCGCACGAAGCUUUAUGAGCGACACACAGCACUCGGGGCUCAGACGACAGUCACAAGAGACUAUGAAGCUAUACACUUGACGGGCCUACUCUGCCAUCACAUGCAACUUGUACAUCCAUUCGGACAAGAUCUCCUGGAUGCCAAAGGUCGCAGCACGCGGCGCCGUGAAAGUCCAGUAGGCCCCUUUCUCAUUGGUUUUGACGACGUGCCAUUCGAGGAUCUUGUGCAAGAGGAGACGCUGAGAUACACACAAUGGUUGCUCGGGGUCGUCUACAAACCGCAUGGAGACAAAGACUACGGCCGGCAUUCGUUGCUAGCCCAGUUGUGGGUGAAGAGCUUUUGGCAAGAACUCUGCAGCGGGCUUGUAAAGUCGACCAAAGAGUUAGAGUGGGAGGACUCAGAGGAGUCGAAGGAGUCGAAGGGUUCGAAGGAGUUCAAGAAGUCAAAGAAGAAAACGGGCCCUGCGGGCGGUGGUAGGGGUGGCGGCGGUAUCGUGAGGCACGGGAGUAAGAGGAGCAAAGUCAGCAAAAAUGCCGCGACGCCAAGGUAUUGUCGACCAGCCGGUGUUCAACGAUAUCUCGCUGCCGAACCCCCUGGCAAAGUCGACUUGGAACUGAAACGGCCUUGGUACGAUUGCAAGAAGAUCUGCGGAGAGAUUAUGACCGUCGCGCCCCCGGACCACUGCGAACCUUCCCAUUGGGACUCUCGUCUACCCAAGCUCGUAGUGGUGUCGACUCCUGAGGAUAAAGAGGCAGAAAACAAGGACGAGACGGACAAGGUCACGAUAAGCAGGUCAGUUUGGUCGACCAUAGAAAGUAUUUGGAACCACGGUGAAGGGUCCGUCGUCAAGAGGAACGUGUUUGAGCUCUUUAGCGCGUUCAACUUUUCCCGCCAGACCCAGGAGGGAUCUCGCGAGAAGUUCAGCUGGACGCCCCAUUCCGCGUUCCCGGAACCGGCUGGAGCGAACGGGGAGCCCGAAGCGGCAAGUAUCACGAUUCACUUGCCGCACGGUGCCAACGCAAACAUGAGAAACCAACAGCUUCGGUGGCUUCGAGAGGCAUUCGCCAAUAUGGGCAUCACGGAAGAUACUAUCAAGAAGUACUACUAUUGCCAAGGUGACGGACGGCCCUUGCCUUUGUUGCAAACUUUGACUAUCCCGAUCCCAUCCCAUCAGUACGGUGGACCUCAAACCACCCUCGCCGGCCCCUCAGUCGUCGCACCACCAGACCGGCCCAACUCGUUCCCAACAUCUCUGUUAUCCUCCCCCCGUCCCCGCCGCAGAAUCACCGCCAACGCUGCCCCGUACGGCGGUGGUACUCCGUCCUCUGCGCGGUCCCAGAUCGACGGGCACGAGGACGCGCCGCUUGACGAAGCGCAUGUACAGGAGGAAGCAGAAGAAUAG